AUGAGUUCAAAUGAGGCGAGCGGUGAAGAGAAAUCGGAUUGCGUUUCGUGUAGCGUAGAAGUCCCUACAUCUUUGAGCUCUACCGUAGCGAGCCAAGUGCCAUCGUCUCUACCCGACUCAACAGCACCAACAGAUCUGCCACCCAGCAUUCCCUCUUACGAUUUUCCAGCUCCACUCCACACCUCCAACUCGUCCAGCAACACCACGCCCAGUCUGAUUAUCGAAUUCUGCGACCGCUGUAGAUGGCUCCAUCGAGCCAGUUGGGUGCAGACCGAACUCCUCAUCACCUUUAGUCCACCUCCAGCAACAACAUCCACAUCGACACCAGCACCGGCACCGGCACCGGCACCGUCGAAAGCUUCGGGGGGUGCAGUGCUGAGGAGCAGCACGCUCAUACCCAUGACGAGGGACGAGACGGCCGGAAGGUUCAGGGUGUGGAUCAUCACCUCGCACAACCAGACGAUAUGCAUCAGCGAUCGAAAGUCCGAGGGAGGCUUUCCAGAGGUCAAAGUGUUGGUGAGUGAUGGAGAGUCAUGUCUGCUGAUUGUGUGCCUUUGCGCUGAGUGAGGCGGAGUGGCCAGGUCAAGGGGGGGCGGUGGUUGUUAGGGAGAGCGCGUAGGACAGCGAAUAGCACAGAACGUGGCACCUCGCGCUCAAAGGUCGCCUGUUACUCUUCAGGAGGUUCUCGGGCAAGCUGAUCUUGGGCCAGGCACACGCAAUAGACGCGCUGAUUCCCGACUUUUCCUCUCUGAUGCUCCUCUUGCCUCGCUCGGAUCAUCUCACCCAUCCCUCGCGGCACAGAAACAAAGGAUCAGAGAUUUGAUAGCGCCAUACCAUUCGCUCGGACAUUCAGAUCGAGGAGGCAAAAAGGACUCCAGUUCCAAUACGGACGCAUGA